CAACGAUUGGUACAAAAAAAAAAAGGAUUCAUCAUCUUUUUUUUCUUUUCUUUUUCUUCUUUCUACAAUAUAGUAUGAGAAUAAUUCCUGUUAUCUAUACACCUAUCACAAAAGCUUCUUGCUUUGCUCGCAUUACUGUCUCUAGUAAACGUUUAUACCAUAGCGCAGACUAUAGUGGCGGUGGUCUUAUGGGUGGUAAUAAUGGUAGUUUUACUUCACCUCCACCACCUCCACUCAAGACAACCAAUUUGCCAGAAGAUACUUUUUACCAUUUGGACUUGGUUCAGCUUUCCGAUCCACGCUCAAUUGUUCAACAUUUGGACGAAUACGUUAUUGGUCAAGAGCGAGCUAAAAAAGUACUUGCCGUAGCCAUAUUUAACCAUUAUAACAGAGUUAGAGCAAACAUGAAAAGGCAAUAUAUACAACAACAAAAGCAACAAAAUUCACAACCAGAAGCAACGGCAGAAGAACGUAUUCAUGCUGAACACCACCACCCUACUCUACCAUACGACUAUUAUUCCACACAAUUACCAAUACAGAAUAUUGAAUAUCCAGCGAAUGAAAGAAGCGUGUCGUUUGGUGGCCAACGCCCCCGUGCUUGGUUAAAUCCACCCACAGAAGCACAUUCAAAUGAGUCUAUUGCUAAAACCAAUCAAGAAGGUCUAUUGGCCUCUAUAAAACAAGAAGAACACGAUUCAACAGUACAUGACAAGAGUAACGUGUUGUUGAUUGGUCCCACAGGAUCUGGCAAAACGUUGCUUGCAAGAACGUUGGCUCAAGUGUUACAAGUGCCAUUUUCAAUGUCAGAUGCCACGCCGUUUACUCAGGCUGGCUAUGUGGGCGAGGAUGUUGAAUUGGUGAUCCAGCGAUUGCUUCAGUCAUGUGAUUUUGAUGUCAAGAAAGCAGAAACUGGCAUUGUGUUUAUUGAUGAAAUAGAUAAGAUCUCUAAAAGAUCAGAUAGUCAUACAGCUUCUCGUGAUGUAUCUGGUGAAGGCGUACAACAGUCUCUGUUAAGAAUGCUUGAAGGCACAGUGGUAAAUGUGACAGACAAAUCAGGCUCAAGCAACCAUAAAAGACCAGGCAAUAGUGGUUCAUUAGGAUCACCCAGUAAAGGAGAAACGUAUUCUGUAGACACAAGCAAUAUUUUGUUUAUCCUAAGUGGUGCUUUUAUUGGUCUGGAUAAGAUUAUCAGUGAUCGAUUAUCUAAAGGAUCCAUUGGCUUUGGUGCACAUAUCAAAUCAGAAUCAGACAGAGAAAACGAAAGCAAAGAUGCCUUACAUCAAGUGGAAACGUCUGAUCUUGUUCGUUAUGGUCUUAUCAAUGAAUUUGUGGGCAGAUGUCCUGUUGUGGCUUCUGUAGAUAACCUGAAAGAAGAAGAUCUUGUUCGUGUACUCAAGGAACCCAAGAAUUCAUUAUUAAAGCAGUACGAAGGCUUGUUUAGACUCAACAAUGUACGUCUUAGAUUUAGUAAUACUGCAUUAAAGACAGUGGCUACACAAGCAUUAGAGAAGAAGACAGGUGCUAGAGGACUAAGAAGAAUUAUGGUAAGUUUAUGACUCUUAUUAGCACAUAAUGACUCCUUAAAGGAAAACUUGUUACUUGAUCCCAUGUUUGAUGCACCUGGUUCCUGUAUUAAACAAGUUGUGAUUGACAGUAAAGUAGUCAAUAGAGAGAAACCAGCAGUGUAUAUUACAACUGAAAAAUCACAAUUAGCAGAUAAAAUCAUAGCUGAUGAUGAUGGUAUUGAACUGAAUGCAACUGUAGAAGAUACACCACAGCAAAUGACUUUGAUCUGAACAAUAAAAUAGCCAAUCAAAAUGAAUUGUAUGUUUAGUGACGUAUAAAGCAGGACUCUACAAUACCUUUUGAUAUCUAUUGUAACAUCAACUUGAAUUUGGUCUCUACAUAUAAUUUAGUUAACCCUGAGUGAAG